UGUGUGUGUGUGUGUGUGUGUGUGUGUGUGUGUGUGUGUGUGCGUGUCUGAAUAUGUGUGUUUGUGGAGCUCCUGCUCUGCCGUGCUCUCUGAACCCAAGUUUUAAGAAGCAGGUUUAACGUUAAAGUCACGACAGAGGAUGAAAAGGUUUGAAAGGGAAGAGUUAAAGCGAGUUUGAGCAGUGCAAGGAGAGAGUAAGCCACUGUGGAGCAAAGACAAGGAACCAGGGAGCUGUUGAACCUGGCUGUAAAGUCAGAAGAAGACAGCAGAGGCGGCGUAAGUACACUACAACAAAUAAAGACUGAAGUCGUUUGAAGAGGCCCUGAGGAGGAUCAAGUAGACCUAAGGUAGCUCCAGUGGUAGUAAGUCAGCUGAAGCAGCAAACACGGGAGAGGUAGGUCAAACAAAAGAAGUGAUAGGAGAGACAUGAACAGCAGCCACACAGAGUUUAAGCAGCAGCAGGUCAGAUGAAGAUGUAGUGAAGACAUUAAACGUGCAGUACAGGUUGACAUGAGAGCAGAGAGAGACGAGGUGUAGAGAGAAGCUGGGAGAGACUGUGAAGAUGAUACAAAUAAAUAUAAAUCAGCUGACAGUAAAAAGGCAGUGUUGUAAAGUUUAUGUGGAAGUGAGCGUAAAUAAAGUUCCUGAAUCUGUUUGUGUUUCAGAUGUUCCUGAUGAUGAUGAUUAGAGCAGAUGCACAGUGAAGUGUCCGCGGUGUGCUCAGGUACUGUGGGCUCUCUGUGUGACUCAUAGACUUCAGGUAAUCUGUGCGCUGACUGAGGUCCAACCAGCUCUCAGACCAGAAGCUUCUGGAUUUAUAGAGUCUGUUUAUAUGAGAGAGGUCAGGAGUGAGCGUCACACUGGAGAUCAGCUGCUGUGUUCUCACUCUGACUACCAGCUGUAGUGCGUCUGUUGUUUUCCUCUUGAAGGGAAACAGACACACCUGGAGGCCGUCAAGUCAGCUGGAGACGACUGAACGCCUUCUCUCUCUGAUGUUUGAUCGACUGACUGAGUGAAGAAGGAGCUCAUACAUCGAAGACAGACCGCAUCUUUAAAAGGAUGGUCUUUCUGUUUAAGCUUUCACAUCUUUUAACCUGAAAACAAACGUUUGUGAAAGAGGAGGUUGGACAUCCUCCGUAUCCGAUGCUGGCCCGUGGAGUUUGUGUUCUCACACAUGGAGAUGAGAUGACCUCAGUAACCUGCUGAGAGCCAGACAAAGUCAGGGAUUCAUCACAGCUCCAUCUAGUGGACAGUCAGUCCUCGUCUCCAAGCGUCCUCUGAUAUCACCGUCUCCUCUGUGAUGUAAUCGUUGACCUACUUUGUGACCUGUGAAUAUGACGGACGCUCUGAGGAUGUUAUACGCCGCUCUGAUGGUGGUGUCCGGCAUGGCUUCAGUCUGUGGGAACCUCCUCCUCCUGCUGGUUCUCCUCCUGAAUAAGGAGCUGCGUACGGACGCGCUGGGCCUCACUCUGAGCUUCAGCCUCAGCGACCUGGCUCUCGGACUCUCCAUCAUCCCGUUCGGGGUCUACAACAGUCUGUCCUGGUCUUCGUGUUUUGCCAGCGAGGGCGCCCUCUGUCAGGGAAGCGGCUUCAUCUUCCUUCUCCUGCAGACCUCCUCCAUGCACUCGCUCACCUGGGCCACCGUCAACAAAUUCACUGAGAUCUGCUUCGCCCUCAGCUACAGCCGCGUGUGGACGGGGGGGCGGAGUCGAGCCAUGCUGGUCCUGGUCUGGCUCUUCUGUCUGGUAACCGCCGCCCUCCCCCUGCUGGGCUUCGGCAGCUACGUCUACAGCGAAUCUCGCUUCCUGUGUUGCCCCAACUUUACACCUGAGGACAGGUGCUUUGUCCUGCUGUGGAUGCUGGCAGGCAUCGUGGCGCCAAUCAUCACCAUGUGCUCUCUGUACGGGUACAUCGUCUACGUGGCCACGAAGCAGGCCAGGAGGGGGACGUUCAUGUGCAACGAGCUGCACUGCUACUACGUUCCUGCUAACAACUACCUGAGGAGCUCCGUCGUCAUGGUCACCACUUCAGUGUGUUUGUUGGUGUGCUGGUUGCCCUACAUCUCAGUGUGUCUGUACGAGACAUUCAGUGGUGAACAGAGUCCUGCUGUGACCUCUGCCCUCUCCGCCUGGCUGGUUCUGACCAGCUCCGCCCUCAACCCUUGGAUCACCUGUAUGACCCAGACCAGGUACCGGGCAGCCGUGCGUCGCCUUAUCAGCAGAUUUAUUUCAAUGUUCCUGUGUUCUGAGACACCUCUGGAGUCCCGCCCCCAGAGCGCCGCCCUCCACCUGGACACAGCCAAUCGCAUCAGCACAACCACGAGGACUACAGCAGCAUCCUGCCCGCCAUCCUCACCAGAAACUACAACACCACCGUGAUCACCGGAUGUGAGCUCAACCUCCUCAUCAUCACUUAGCCCACAGACAGAGACUAUCCCCAGACCCACCUGUGACAGACACACCUGUGAUGCACUGCAGUAUGGGAAAUGUAGUUCAGCUUUUCCAUUUCUAUUUUCAUAUGACCUAAAUACAUUCCACCUAUCGCAGAGCUUUCAUUCACAGCGAUUUUUGGAAGCAGAAACGCUAUCUCCAAGAGUCAGGGUGAAAUAUUUUAAAUGUCACUGUGACACAUAUAUCCGACGGUUCGGACUCCACAUGAAGAUGGUUUGUUUUUCUAUGUGACAUUUUUGUGGGAGGAUUUAACGAGUCGGCAAAAAGAGUGUUUCAGUCAAAGUGUUUCCGAUGUUUCAUUCAAAGAGCUGGACUUCAGGCUGUAAAAUAAUAAUAUCAUAAUAAAGACGUCGUGUUCAGAGA